ACCACAACUCAACAGUGAGUAAAACUCUUAUUUUUACUUUUAAUAUUAUUUCUGUAUUGUUUAUUUCACUAGUGAGUUGUACAUGUGGUACUUUUCAGUACUCAUAUCAGGACAUGUUAAAACACAGUUUAUAUGCAGGAAAUAUCAGGUGGAGCCCAGUUACUGUUUGUUAGCAGUGCUCAGCUGUAGCAGUAAGACGAGGAACAUGUUUAGUUGAAGUUAAACAUGAAACGUCAUGAGUUAACACAACUGCUCAAGAGUAUAAAUGAGCAUCUUACCAAAAUUAAUGCAGAUAUAGCAAGACAAGCACGUUUUCUCAGGAAACAAAAGAAAAUACAGGCAACGUGGACCUCAAACUGCAAGGUUUAUAUCAAACUGAACGGUUCACYGGAAGAAGCCAAGGUACUGAUCAUCAGACAAAUUGAAGAGUUGGAUAAAUAUCAGUGAAACAGGACAACCAGGCAACUUCUGAUCAACKUUCUGAAAUCCAGUAAUAAAAUGAAAAUAUACACAUGAACAUAGACACAGAUAUUGACCCAGACAACAAUUUCCUUGAUUAUUUGAAUGACAACUGUCAUUACUACACUGAUGAUAACUAUAGUCAAUGCGUUAAAUCGGAUAAAGAAAUGUCAAUUAUUCACUUCAAUAGCCGUAGCCUUUAUGCUAAUUAUGAAAAAAUCAAAGAAUAUUUAUAUCAACUAAAAAAGUCAUUCAGCGUCAUAGCAAUAACAGAAACCUGGCUCACCUCCGAGAAGGGAGUAGAUUUCAUACUGGAGGGGUAUGAGUUUAAUUACAUAAACAGAAAGAAUAAAAAAGGUGGAGGUGUAGCUUUGUACAUUAAUAAUGAUCUAAAAUAUAAGGUGGUAGAAAAAAUGUCAGUGUCAGUUGAUGAAGUAAUGGAAUGCAUUACUAUUGAAAUCCAAUUUGAAAAGCAGAAAAAUAUAAUGGUCAGCUGUGUGUACAGAGCACCGGCAUCUGACACUGAAGUCUUUACAAAUUACAUGGAAACAUUGUUUGCUAAGAUGCAUCAAAAGGUCAUUUUCAUCUGUGGAGACUUUAAUAUUGACAUGUUGAAUCCAAAUAUGGUUAAAAGUACAUCUAACUUUAUCGAUACUAUGCAUAGUUUAGGUUUAUAUCCACUAAUUACAAAACCAAGUAGAAUAACAACACACAGUUCAACACUGAUUGACAAUAUAUUUACUAAUUACAUGGAAAGUAAAUUGAGAAGUGGACUUCUUAUAAAUGACAUCAGUGACCAUCUUCCAGUA